CUCGGACAUCCUUGACAAUUUCUUGACAUUCAUAUUGAAAACUGGGAAACACAAUGUCUGCUUCUUUCAAAAUUGGAGAUAUGUUCUCGGUGGUGGGCCAAACGGUGGUCGUCACCGGCGGUGGGACGGGUCUUGGCAAGGCUAUCGCUCAAGGAUUCGUCACCAAUGGCGCUACGGUAUACAUCACCGGUCGUCGUGAAGACGUUUUGAAGAAAUCCGCAGAGGAGAUUAACGUAGAUGCUGGUCUUGGUGGGAAAGCUAUAGCCAUUCAAGGUGAUGUAUCUACGAAAGAAGGUUGUGGUAAAAUCGCCGCCGCUUUGAAAGAUGUAGAGACUAUUGAUACUUUGGUCAAUUGCGCUGGUGUAGGACGUGCUUGGAGAGUUCAAUGUACUGAUCAUAAUGAUCCGGAUCAGGUCGAGAAACUUUUAUGGGAUGGUGUGGAAGAUGAUGAUUUCAAUUAUACCAAUUCGAUCAAUAUCAACGGAGUUUACUUUAUGACAGCCGCUCUUGUUCCACAACUUCGCAAGGCUACUAACCCAGGUGUUGUAGUAAUAUCUUCUCUUGCUGGAUUAGCUAAUCAACGUUCCAUGGGAAGUGUAACGUACGGUACUAGCAAAGCAGCUGCUAUUCAUCUUGGUAAACUUCUCGCUGGUCGUUUACAUCCUUUCAAGAUUCGUGUCAAUACUAUUUGUCCUGGUAUUUUCCCUUCUGAAAUGACUGCAGUUUCUGCGGGAGGUCACGAAUAUAAAGAUUUAGCAGGACCAGCUGUCAAAGCUGCCAAACGUUCCACUGCUGGUCGACCUGGUAAAAUGAUCGAAAUGGCUGCUCCUGUACUUCUAUUAUCUUCACCAGGAGGAGGUUACAUGAACCAUACAGUCAUCACCGUCGAUGGAGGUAGACUCAUGGGUGCUGGUAUUCAUGAUGGUAUCAAAGUGGAUGAUGCUCUCAUGACUUAGUUCCUUAGUAAUUUACUAAGGUUUUAAAAUGGAAAUAUCAACGAAAAAUAUUUUUUGAGGGGAAGAAUGCAAAGUGAUUCAU